AUGUACACUGAAUUCAUCCAUGAAUAUUUGUUGAUGGGGCACAUGAAGCAAGUUCCGGAGGAAUGUUCCGAGAAACCAGUGUAUUAUAUGCCACACCACGCAGUUCUUCGCCCGGACAGCACGACUACCAAACUUCGUGUAGUCUUCGAUGCGUCAUGUCGCACAUCGACAGGGCUAUCUCUGAACGAUGCAUUAAUGGUGGGACCGGUUGUUCAGGACCCUCUUCUGGCUAUGCUGGUCAGAUUCCGCCUCCAUCGAAUUGCAGCAGUUGCCGACGUCGCAAAAAUGUACCGAAUGGUACUUACUCAGCCGGGAGACCACCCUCUCCACAAAAUCGUGUGGAGGGAUUCGAAGGAGGAGCCUAUCAAAAUCUUCGAACUCACCACAGUCACAUACGGGACCGCCAGCGCGCCAUACUUGGCAACAAGAUGCCUGAAGAAGCUUGGUGAAGAUUGUGCAACAACGCAUCCAGUAGCAUCUGACGUCAUCCUGCACGAUUUUUACGUUGAUGAUAUGUUGUCGGGAGCAGAUAACAUCAAGGAAGCCAAGCUAUUAGUGAAGCAAGUGGAAGAAGUGACCAAUUCGGCAGGGUUCAUUCUCCGAAAAUGGAACUCAAACUCUCCGGAGUUGCUCCGCAGUAUUCCGAAGAAAAUGCGGGACGAUCGUUCAGUGCUAGACCUCCAAUCAUCAAGUACGACGGUGAAGACUUUAGGAUUGCAAUGGAAUGUGACGGCCGACGAAUUUCAAUUCAGCUUUCCCCAAUGGAAGUCGGAUGCUGCGAGUAUCACCAAGCGAAGCAUUCAUUCCGAUGCAGCUUGCUUUUUGACCCUUUGGGAUUAG